AUGAGGCGCGUGGCUCACAGACAGAUACACAUGGUGGCCCCCUUUCUCCGACACAUCAGCCCCUCCGCAGUCACCAAUAGCCCAUCAUCACAGUCCCUCUGGCCAUGGUUGAGUGGAGGCUGCGGCCGGCAGCUGGCACCAGGAGGCGCUGCAGAGCCGGUGGUGUCGGCACCGCAGCACCGACACCUGGAGGACAUGCUCAGUGGGGUGCAGAAUGGAGAAGGAAGCGGGUGGCGGGAGAACGGAGAACAGAGCGGGCGACAGGCCGGGCCGGCGGGAGAACGGAGAACAGAGCGGGCGACAGGCCGGGCCGGCGGGAGAACGGAGAACAGAGCGGGCGACAGGCCGGGCCGGCGGGAGAACGGAGAACAGAGCGGGCGACAGGCCGGGCCAGCGGGAGAACGGAGAACAGAGCGGGCGACAGGCCGGGCCAGCGGGAGAACAGAGAAGGAAGCGGGUGGCCGGGCCGGCGGGAGAACGGAGCGGGAGGCGGGCCGGGCUGGCGGGAGAACGGAGAACAGACCGGGCGACAGGCCGGGCCAGCGGGAGAACGGAGAACAGAGCGGGCGGCAGGCCGAGCCGGCGGGAGAACGGAGAACAGAGUGGGCGGCGGGCCGUGCCGUCGGGAGAACGGAGAACAGAGCGGGCGGCAGGCCGGGCCGGCGGGAGAACGGAGAACAGAGCGGGCGACAGGCCGGGCCGGCGGGAGAACGGAGAACAGAGCGGGCGACAGGCCGGGCCGGCGGGAGAACGGAGAACAGAGCGGGCGACAGGCCGGGCCGGCGGGAGAACGGAGAGCAGAGCGGGCGACAGGCCGGGCCGGCGGGAGAACCGAGAAGGAAGCGGGUGGCCGGGCCGGCGGGAGAACGGAGUGGGAGGCGGGCCGGGCCAGCAGGAGAACGGAGAACAGAGUGGGCGGCGGGCCGGGCCGGCGGGAGAACGGAGAACAGAGCGGGCGACAGGCCGGGCCGGCGGGAGAACGGAGAACAGAGCGGGCGACAGGCCGGGCCGGCGGGAGAACGGAGAACAGAGCGGGCGACAGGCCGGGCCGGCGGGAGAACGGAGAACAGAGCGGGCGACAGGCCGGGCCGGCGGGAGAACGGAGAACAGAGCGGGCGACAGGCCGGGCCAGCGGGAGAACCGAGAAGGAAGCGGGUGGCCGGGCCGGCGGGAGAACGGAGUGGGAGGCGGGCCGGGCCAGCAGGAGAACGGAGAACAGAGUGGGCGGCGGGCCGUGCCGUCAGGAGAACAGAGCGGGCAGCGGGCCGGGCUGGCGGGAGAACAGAGAACAGACCGGGCGGCGGGCCGGGCUGGCGGGAGAACGGAGAACAGAGCGGGCGGCGGGCCGGGCCGGCGGGAGAACGGAGAACAGAGCGGGCGGCGGGCCGGGCCGGCGGGAGAACGGAGCGGGCGACGGGCCGGGCCAGUAGGAGAACGGAGAACAGAGUGGGCGGCGGGCUGUGCCGGCGGGAGAACGGAGCGGGCAGCGGGCCGUGCCGGCGGGAGAACGGAGAACAGAGCGGGCGGCGGGCCGGGCCAGCGGGAGAACGGAGAACAGAGCGGGCGGCGGGCCGGGCCGGCGGGAGAACGGAGCGGGCGACGGGCCGGGCCAGUAGGAGAACGGAGAACAGAGUGGGCGGCGGGCCGUGCCGGCGGGAGAACAGAGAAGGAAGCGGGUGGCUGGGCCGGCGGGAGAACGGAGCGGGAGGCGGGCCGGGCCAGCAGGAGAACGGAGAACAGAGUGGGCGGCGGGCCGUGCCGUCGGGAGAACAGAGUGGGCAGCGGGCCGGGCUGGCGGGAGAACGAAGAACAGACCGGGCGGUGGGCCGGGCUGGCGGGAGAACGGAGAACAGAGCGGGCGGCGGGCCGGGCCGGCGGGAGAACGGAGAACAGAGCGGGCGGCGGGCCGGGCCGGCGGGAGAACGGAGAACAGAGCGGGCAGCGGGCCGUGCCGGCGGGAGAACGGAGAACGGAGCAGGCGGCGGGCCGGGCCGGCGGGAGAACAGAGAACAGAGCGGGCGGCGGGCCGUGCCGGCGGGAGAACAGAGCGGGCAGCGGGCCGGGCCGGCGGGAGAACGGAGAACAGAGCGGGCGGCGGGCCGGGCCGGCGGGAGAACGGAGAACAGAGCGGGCGGCGGGCCGGGCCGGCGGGAGAACGGAGAACAGAGCGGGCGGCGGGCCGGGCCGGCGGGAGAACGGAGCGGGCGACGGGCCGGGCCAGUAGGAGAACGGAGAACAGAGUGGGCGGCGGGCUGUGCCGGCGGGAGAACGGAGCGGGCAGCGGGCCGUGCCGGCGGGAGAACGGAGAACAGAGCGGGCGGCGGGCCAGGCCAGCGGGAGAACGGAGAACAGAGCGGGCGGCGGGCCGGGCCGGCGGGAGAACGGAGCGGGCGACGGGCCGGGCCAGUAGGAGAACGGAGAACAGAGUGGGCGGCGGGCCGUGCCGGCGGGAGAACAGAGAAGGAAGCGGGUGGCUGGGCCGGCGGGAGAACGGAGCGGGAGGCGGGCCGGGCCAGCAGGAGAACGGAGAACAGAGUGGGCGGCGGGCCGUGCCGUCGGGAGAACAGAGUGGGCAGCGGGCCGGGCUGGCGGGAGAACGGAGAACAGACCGGGCGGCGGGCCGGGCUGGCGGGAGAACGGAGAACAGAGCGGGCGGCGGGCCGUGCCGGCGGGAGAACAGAGCGGGCAGCGGGCCGUGCCGGCGGGAGAACGGAGAACGGAGCGGGCGGCGGGCCGGGCCGGCGGGAGAACGGAGAACAGAGCGGGCGGCGGGCCGGGCCGGCGGGAGAACGGAGAACAGAGCGGGCGGCGGGCCAGGCCCCCGGGAGAACGUGCCGGGUGGCAUGUGAGCACGGUCCGAUAGUAUCAUCACUGUAG